AUGAAGUCUAUACUAGCACUAGCCGCAGGCUUCCUCCUUCAAGGAGUGCCCGCUGUCCCAUAUGAAGCCAAUAACGUGGUUUCUAAUGGAUCCCCUCAUCAAAUUGUGAAGAGGCUCGAUACGGCUCAGAUUACAUACUUCCCGGCGGCGAACUCGACGGGCACCGGUGUUCUCGUGUGUCCUGGAGGCGGAUACGCUGUUGUAGCCAUUGAUAAGGAGGGGUACGCCCCAGCGAAGCUCCUAAACAGCUUAGGCAUUGACGCCUGGGUCCUCGAUUACACCACGGCCUCGAACGCGACCCCGCCCAUCUACCCGAAGCCCCAGGACGAGGCGCUCGACUCCCUGAGCUACAUCCGCGGGCAGAACCGCACCACCAAGCUCGGCAUCUGGGGCUUCUCGGCGGGCGGCCACCUCGCCGCGGUGACCCUGACCAACCCGGACGCCCGUCUCGACUUUGGCAUCCUCGCCUACCCGGUCAUCACCCUCGAAGGGAACUACACCCACAUAGGCUCGCGCGACAACCUCAUCGGCGCCAACGCAAGCGCCGAGCUGGAACACGAACUGUCGGCGCAGAACCGCGUCUCCGCGACGACGCCUCCCACGUUUCUGUUCCAUACGGCCGACGACGACGUGGUUCCCGUGCAAAACACUCUCCUCUUCGCCGAGGCCAUGGCAGCACACAGUCGGCCGGCUCAGGUGCUGAUCCUUCCAGAUGGGCCGCAUGGGCUUGGUCUGGCUCUUGAUGAUCCUCAGCGAAGCUGGACGCCCGAGCUUGAGCGUUUCCUCGAGUAUUCAAUUUAG